UGUUUCAAAAUACCUUGGCGAUAUGGCGUCGUUAUAUUCAAAAAUAUUCUUGUUAAAUUAAACUUACUCUAUGCAAAUAAUAUUAACUAAGUAAUAUAAGUCACAAAAAACCAAUAAUGCGGGUGAAAGUUUAAAAAACAAUGCAAAUUAUGUAAUAUAUACAAAAACUAUUAUAUGGGCAGGCAAGGCAGGAUAGGAAGAUAUGGCUACCCUAGUGGUAGGUGCCGCGAGGGUUGCUCAGGGGCUGCUGCGGGCGCGCGGGGGGACGGUGCGGGUGCCGUGCGGGGCGCGGGGAGUGGAGAACUUCGUGACGUCACCCACCUUCGCGCAGUUAGACCAAUACUGCGAGCGAGUUUGCCAUGUGACGAGGGUUCCUCCUCAAAAGGUGACGGUGAUAGGCGCCGGGUCCCCAGUAGGCCGCAUCGCCUGCCUGUUCCUGAAGCAGCAGCCGCUGAUCAAGGUGCUGUCCAUGUUCGACUACGACGAGGAGAACAACGUGAUCGGGGAGGCCCAGGACAUCGCGCAUAUUGACACCAGUACGAGGGUCGAGGCGUACCAGGGAAUGGGCACGCUUAUCGAUGCUGUUUGUGUAUGUUUGCUUUGAUAUUGAGCUACAGCG